AACAACGUAAAAAAAAUCGCUAACAUGUUAGACUUUCUUUCGUAUUUGCAUCCGGGAUAUUAAUCUCUUGUGAGGAUGUGGAUACUAGCUUGAAUGUGAGAGGCUCUCGUUGACUCUCCAGUAAAACACAUUUGGAUCAUCCUUAAAGACGGAAGUGAGCACUCCUGUUCCCGAGCAGGGCCGCGGACGCUGCGCAUGCAUGUCACUGUUUGAAUGUUUAUUCACGUGUGUCAUAUAUGCCUACGAGUUCUUCCCAAAGAUAGUCCAGAGCUUUCGUUUGCCUCUGACUCUCUGUGGUAUGGCAGCAGCAGCAGCAGAGGCGGAGGACCGGAGCAGCGCGACGCUAACAGGUGACGGAGAACCGGAGGAGGCCGAGGAGUUCACCUGCUCGGCCCACUGCUCGGAGCUCUCCCGGCGGCAGAACGAGCAGAGGAAGUCAGGGCUAUUCUGCGACGUGACGCUGGUCUUCAGCUCCGGCGGGGUAUCUGAGAAGAGGGUCCAAACGUUAUCCGCCCACCGCUCGGUGUUGUCCGCAGCGUCGCAGUACUUCACGCUGCUGCUGGGUGGACAGUUUUCAGAGUCCCUGUCCGGACGAGUGGAGCUGAGGGAGUGGAGCUCUGCGCAGGGACCAGACCCGGACACCGUGGAGAGGGUCAUACAAUUCAUGUACACAGGACAGAUCAGGGUCACCACUGCCAAUGUGCAUGAAGUGCUGGAACUCGCUGACAGGUUCCUGUUGGCGCAGCUGAAGAACUUCUGCGGAGAGUUCCUGAUGAAGAAGCUGAACCUAUCCAACUGUGUAGCAGUGCACAGCCUCGCCCACAUGUACACUCUAGACCAGCUGGCCCAGGGAGCUGCCAAGACGAUUAGAAGAAACUUCCACAAAAUUAUCUGCAACGAGGAGUUCUUCACGCUGCCAUUUCACCUGGUGCGGGACUGGCUGUCAGACUCAGGAAUCACCGUUGAAUCUGAACAGGAGUUGUUUGAGGCCAUUGUGAAAUGGGUGCAACAAAACACAGAGGAGAGAGAGACGCAUUUUGAGGAGCUGUUCAGACUUUUGAGGCUGACUCAGAUAGCUCCAACCUACCUGACACGGGUGGUGAGAAAGGAGCCCUUAGUAGCAAACAAUGCAGCUUGUCAGCAGCUUGUGUCUGACGCCCUUGAGGUCCACGCUGUGCACUUUGAGAACCUCAAGUCAGUUGAUUUAGAGCUCUCUGCCUCCAACAUAUCAGCCCAGCCUCGUCUGGGCCAGAACAUGGAUGUAAUCAUGGUAGUGGGUGGUGUUUCAGAAGGUGGAGACUAUCUGAGUGAGUGUGUGGGCUACUUUGUCGCUGAGGACCGUUGGGUGAACCUGCCUCACAUUCACAACCACCUCGACGGACACGCCAUCGCAGUGACUGACAGCUAUGUUUACGUGGCAGGCUCCAUGGAGCCAGGCUUCGCCAAGACCGUGGAGCGUUUCAACCCCAACCUCAACACCUGGGAGCAGGUUAGCAGCCUGACCACACGUAAGCACUCCUUCGGCCUCACGUGUGUCAAGGAUUUACUCUACAGUAUUGGUGGUCAUGGCAACUUCAGCCCAGGCUUUAAGGAUGUUACCGUCUACGAACCUGAGCAGGAUGAGUGGCACAAUCUCGAGCCAGCCCCGAAGAUACUACGAGAUGUAAAAACAGUGAGCGUGGAGGACCGCUACAUAUAUGUGAUGGCCAGGACUCCUGUAGACGUGGACAAUGAUGAUGGACUGAGCACUGUAACCUCCUGCUAUGAUACAGAGAGUCACAAGUGGCAGGAAGUGGACUCCUUACCACUUCUCGAUAAUUACUGCAGUUUUCAAAUGGCUGUUGCAUCCACCAACUUCUACCACACAGCUUCUUGUUGCGCGAAGAGCUACAAGGUAACAGCUGAAGCAGCUCGGCAUAAAAUAAGCAGAAAUAUCUCAGAUGAAAUCCUUGACAGCCUCCCUCCAGAGGUCCUCAGCAUGGAAGGUGCCGCCGUUUGCUACCUGGGUGAAGACAUAUUCAUCAUCGGUGGAUGGAGGAACUGCAACAACAUGGACAAGCAGUACCGCAAGGAGGCCUACCGUUACUGUGCAGAGAGGAAGCGCUGGAUGCUGCUGCCGCCCAUACCACAACCACGCUGCAGAGCCGCAGCUUGCCACGUUCGCAUCCCGUAUCACUAUCUUCAUGGCUGCCAGCACUACCCCAUGCCCCAGAACCUGGCUCGCCAGAGAGACCGUAUGCAACAGAUGCAGCAGCUCCAUCGCCGCACACUUACUUUGCGCAGGCAGCUGCAGUCUCAAAUCGAAUGCUGAGGGUCUAGUAAGGGCUAAAAGUUGGAGUGCGGUCCUUUGGUCUUUCCUUUCUGGCAUUGACAGUAAUUACUAGGGCUGCCUCUUGAAAGUCGAAAUUUCUUUCAUCAGUCGGAGACCCGUCAGUCAACUGAGAUUGCUUCAAGUCGAGCAGUCUUCUUUUGCUAGUCAGUGUGCUGU